UCAUUUCUGAAGCUGGGGGUCACGUUUGGAUUUUCUACUCCUUCUUGGGGACACAAUGGCAUUUACUUUUGCUGCCUUCUGCUACAUGCUGUCUCUGGUGCUCUGCGCUGCUCUCAUCUUCUUUGCAAUCUGGCAUAUAAUUGCCUUUGAUGAAUUAAGAACAGACUUCAAAAGCCCCAUUGACCAGUGUAAUCCUGCACACGCGAGGGAACGUCUUCGAAAUAUCGAGAGAAUCUGUUUCCUCCUGAGAAAGCUGGUACUCCCAGAAUAUUCCAUACACAGCCUAUUCUGUAUAAUGUUUCUUUGUGCGGAAGAAUGGUUAACGCUAGGGCUGAACGCACCACUGCUUUUUUAUCAUAUAUGGAGGUAUUUUCGUGGCCCAGCUGACAGCUCAGAGUUGGCGUACGACCCGCCUGAAGUAAUGAACGCCACUACGCUGAGCUACUGCCAAAAAGAGGCCUGGUGCAAGAUGGCAUUUUACCUGCUCUCCUUCUUCUAUUAUCUAUACUGUAUGGUAUACACGUUAAUGAGUUCCUAAGGAAGAAGGAGCCGAGGACCGAGAAAGUCAUUCCAGCUGAAAAUAAACACUUGUCUGGCUAUUGUAUGCUGGUGGACAUUACCGAACCAUCGGCAACACUGCGUAGACAGCCCCUGCUGGAUGAUACUCUGGAGCCCUGGAGAUCCAGCUAAAAUGCCUGUGGAAGGUAUUAAGCAAUCUGUGUGGAUUAUACAUUUCUCAUGCACAGUUGCUGGGCUGAUCCACUGCUAA